GCGAGGCGCUGGAGCGCUGGGCGGAGCAGGAUUUCGGAUCACCUGGGAGACCUGAGUUCUCCGUCCUGCGUCCCUGCAGCGAAGGUUUCCAUGGAGGAGCGCUGGCCUGCAUCAGCUGGGAGAAGUGAAGAAGGGGACCCGCCGGGACUAGAGGAAGGGACUGCGGUAGAGGGCGAACAGAGACUCUUUGAGAGAAGGAACUGGACUCCUCAAGCUAUGCUCUACCUGAAGGGUGCACAGGGGCGCCGCUUCAUCUCCGACCAGAGCCGGAGGAAGGACCUCGCCGACCGGCCGCCGCCCGAAAGACGAAGCCCAAAUCCCCAACUACUAACUCUUCCAGAGGCAGUAGCUGUGCUAUUGGCUUCCUUGCAGAAACCGCAAGAAGCUGGAGAAGAAAACUUUGAUCAAACCAGAUUCCUAGAAGACAGUCUGCUAAACUGGUGAAAAUAUACCAGAUUCCAUUCAAUUUUAUUUCUAUUCUUGUUGAAAACAUGACCCAUGUGAAUAAAGCCUGC